CCAUAGUAAGAGUUGUUUCGUAUUUUAGCGCGUUCAGGUUUAAGUUCAUGAUCUUGUAAUUCUUAAUUUUUUCAACAGUUAAAAUUGUUGUAGCAGCGCAUGAGUGAGGCAGUGACCCUUUUCAAUUCAUACGGAGAAAUCGACACUAUGAGUUUACUAUGAAAUACAUUAAUUUAUUGGAUUUGUUGUUACUGAAUGUCAUACUUACUGCUAACAGUCACUUGGAUUUGGCCUGGGCCCAAGGAUCCUUGAAAAACAGAUCAAGACGAGACAUUUCCUGUAGAGAGGGCCUGGAAUAUGAAAAUGACAAAGUUUGCUGCUUGAACUGCCCAGCUGGAACCCAUGUGAAAAAAGCUUGCGUUAAUAAUUCAAAAAAAGGAGAAUGUGAAUCAUGCCCGUUUGACUCGUACACUGAGCAUAGCAAUGGACUGGAAAAGUGUUUAUCCUGUACAAAGUGCCGCAUAGAUCAGGACACUGUAGAGGUAUGCACGAGUACCCAGAACACACAGUGUGUGUGCAAACUGGGGUCAUUUUGUUUACCGGACCAGGCAUGUGAGUUGUGCAAGAAAUGCAGCAAAUGCAAAGACGAUGAGGAGAUAGUAGAAAGCUGUACAGUCAAUUCCAACACAGUUUGUAGAAAGAGAAACUCUCCGGAAGGCUCUCUCUCAGUGAUGUUUCUUGUUGUUUUGCCACUGAUUGCAAUGCUGGUGUGCAUUGUGAGUAUUGUCUACUGGAAAAAGUCAAAAUCGAGUAAAAGAGCAAUAACCCCAAGAAGUCCAGAGGAAAUGGUCAAGAUAUGUAUGGGUGACAGUGAUGAGUUGAGUGAAGAGAGGCAGAAUUCCAAGAUGGAUGAUUCCUCUCCACUGCAGCCAUUCCUUGAGCUAAACUAUGUGGAACGUGAGCCGUCAAGAAGACUUGUUCCUUUGAAUGGAGAAGAAUCGUUGAAGAAAACGUUCGAGUUGUUUGAGGAAAUUGAUGUACACUACCGUAACAGAUUUUUCAGGUUUAUUGGACUGAGUGAUAACGCAAUCAAAACCGCAGAGUCUCUUAUUCCAGAAGAAAGAGUUUAUGAACUGUUAAAAAUCUGGUUGGAAAAGGAGGGAAUGAAGGCAGAUUUCAACACCCUUAUUGAAGCAUUAAUUUAUUUAGACCAAAGACUAUCAGCAGAAAACAUCAUUGCAAAGGCAAUUAGUAAUAAGUUUUUUAAAUAUGAAGACGAGUCACACGAGACAUCCAGUGAUUCGCACUCUGAGUGAUCACAAGGGAGAAAGAUACCUGUUGAAGUAUUAUUUCAUAUAAACCUUUAAAACUGGAAAAAAAUGUUUUACUGAUGUAAUUGUUUUGUUGGUCAAUAUGUUGCAUAAAAAUGAUUCAUUCAAUUUACUCAUUUUUUUUAAGGCAAGUGGUUGCAAUCAAUUUAUUUAAGCUACAUUUAAAAAAAAUUAGAAAGGCAAAACAAAACAAAAAACUUUUGUUUAAAUGUAGCUUAAAUAAAUUGAUUGCAACCACUUACCUUAAAGAAAUGGAGUAAAUUAAAUGAAUCUUUUUUUUCAGUGUAGAGAGGGCCAAAGGUAUGCUAUUGUUUACAAACAUAAGUUACAUUAGAAUUUUUGUCUGUCUGCUCUUUAUAUUAUGAAAUUUGUGUUACUUAUUAAGCUUUGGUGGAAUUCUUUCUGACACCGGAUAAGAUGUUUACAAAUGUUGUGGCAAUCUGCAUUAUUUUGUUAUCUAAUAAAGGCAAUUCAUAUUCA